AUGCCUUCGCUUAUAAAAAAAAAAAAAAAUGAUUUAUUACUCUUAAAGACUGACGAGCUUGAAACAGUUGAAGAGAAAAUAACUGCAAAGACUGCAACUAAGUAUCUUGAAAUACAUAAAAGACCUCUUUAUAUAGUUGACGCCGUAAUUAAUUCUCAGAAUAAAUGCAAUUACAGCACUGAACGACAAUGUUACUAUCGCUAUCGCAACUUGCUUCGCCUAAAUAAUUAA